UCCCCUCCCUCUCUUAUUCCAAAUUGGUAAACUCUAUAUAUCUCCGCCUCCCAAAACCCCAAUCUCUCCCUUUCUCUAGCAAAACAAACCGAAACCACCAUUUCACCACCGGAGACCGCAGCGACUUCUUAUUCUUCUUCUUUAUAGCGAUAAAGAUUAAGAAUUUCAAAUAAGAAUGGAUCCGUGCCCAUUUAUACGGAUCCUGAUAGGUAACUUGGCGAUUAAGUUUCCCUACAAUUCAAGAACUGUAAGUUCAUGUUAUUGCAAGAUCAAGCUCAAGAAUUUCCAAACCAAACAAGCCACAAUUCCUCUGAUAAACCAAAACCAACAACAACGGAGCCAAAAUCCCGAGAACAGUAACUUGUCAAAUUCUCUUGCGGCUUGUUUCAAUCUCGACAAGAUCCAGAUCGAUAAAAUAUUGGCUUCUAAAAAACUCAAAAGUUUGAAUAUUGAGAUCUACAGCGGCGGCGAUGGAGUUUCGUGCGGUGGUUGGUCGGAUGGGAAGCUAUUGGGGAAAGUUACUGUUUCGUUGGAUUUGAAAAAAGCAGAAUCUAGGCCUUGUGUUAUGCAAAAUGGAUGGAUUGGAAUCGGAGACAAAGCAGAGGUUUAUUUAAGUGUUAGAGCUGAACCUGAUCCGAGAUAUGUGUUUCAGUUUGGAGGAGAACCAGAGUGUAGUCCUCAGAUUUUUCAGGUGCAAGGAAGUGUUAGACAGGCUGUUUUCACUUGCAAGUUCAGUUUCAGGAAUCCUGGAGAUCGCAAUUUGGGUCCAAGGCAAUCACUAGAACAAUCUACAUCAAGAAAUUGGCUGCCAUCUCUUGGAGCUGAAAAGGAUCAAUCUACCAAAGAGCGAAAGGGAUGGACAAUCACAAUCCAUGACCUGUCAGGUUCACCAGUAGCAAUGGCAUCGAUGGUGACUCCAUUUGUACCAUCUCCGGGUUCAGAUCAGGUAAGCCGGUCAAAUCCUGGCGCCUGGUUAAUCCUCCGGCCAUCUCUCGGUACAUGGAAGCCUUGGGGCCGAUUGGAGGCGUGGCGCGAAUAUCCUAACACUAAUGAAUUAGGAUACCGCUUUGAAUUAAUCCAUGACACUGUCACUGCAACUCCGACCACCUCUACUUUAGCUAAUUCUGUUAUUAGUACUAAAAAUGGAGGCAAAUUUACAAUUGAUACUACUAAUAGUGUUACAACCCCGGUUUGUAGCCCACAUAGUAGUUGCGAUUUCGGAUCCGGAUCAGGAUCAGGAUCAGGAUCAGGAUCGGGGUCAUGGUCUGGGUCGGAAUUCGGAGCAGGACUUUUCUCACAGUUUAUGUACAGAGGGUUUAUAAUGUCGUCAACGGUAAAAGGGAGUAAUAAUUGCAGUAAGCCGGAGGUGGAGAUCGGAGUACAGCACGUGAAUUGCACGGAGGAUGCGGCUGCUUUCGUGGCAUUAGCUGCAGCCAUGGAUUUAAGUACAGAAGCUUGCAGGUUGUUUUCUCAUAAGCUAAGGAAGGAGUUGAGGCAGAAGAGUCAGAGUUUUGUCGUUUGAUUUUGAAUAAUUUUCCGUUUUGAAGAUAGAAAGUAACUGAUCAGUUGGUUAGGUUUUGGAUUCUUUCUUUUUGGCUUAUAACUAACAGCAGUUUUUGAGCUGGAGGAUUAA